GUGUGCUGCUGCCUGCUGGUGGACCAUGUUAGUAAACCCUGGUUAGCUCGCUGUCACCGUCUCGCCACAUCUAACGUCAGCUAACCAAAGGUGUCAAUGCGAUGAGCCGUGAAUUCGUUGACCAUGGCUCACUUACGGAUGUGCUUGUCCGUCGCUGUGCUCCAGCUGGUCCUGUUCAGAAGCUCGGAGGCUCUUUGGUGUAAUUGCACCACUGCCCAGUGUCAGAGGACCGGCUUCCAGUGUGAGACCGAUGGAGCCUGCAUGGCUUCCACCUCCUUCAUUGAAGGCGUAGAGCAGCACAUACGUAUCUGCAUCACUCGGGACAACCUGGUGCCCCCUGGACAGCCCUUCUACUGCCUCGGUGCCGAGGGCUUGCUCAACAUCCACUGCUGCUACACUGACUACUGCAACAGCAUCGACCUCAAAGUACCCUCAGUGACCACUCCAUCAGGACUGGAGGGCGGCUACGGCCCUGGUGGAACAUGGGGGCUGGUGGAACUGGUCGCUGUGAUUGCAGGGCCGCUGUUCCUGCUGUGUCUGCUGCUGUUGGUGAGCUUGUUCCUGUAUCAGUACCACCAGAGGGCCUACAACUACAGGCAGAGGCUGGAGAUGGAGGACCCCUCCUGUGACCACCUGUACAUGGCCAAAGACAGGACCCUGCAGGACCUCAUUUACGAUCUCUCCACGUCGGGUUCAGGCUCAGGUUUGCCUCUGUUUGUCCAACGGACCGUGGCCAGAACUAUCGUCCUGCAGGAGAUCAUUGGAAAGGGCCGUUUUGGAGAGGUGUGGCGGGGACGUUGGCGGGGGGGCGAUGUGGCAGUGAAGAUCUUCUCAUCCAGAGAAGAGCGCUCCUGGUUCCGUGAGGCUGAGAUCUAUCAGACCAUCAUGCUCCGUCAUGAGAACAUUCUGGGUUUCAUAGCUGCUGACAAUAAAGAUAAUGGCACAUGGACCCAGCUGUGGUUAGUGUCAGAUUACCAUGAGCACGGCUCUCUGUUUGACUACCUAAACCGCUACUCUGUCACUACUGAAGGAAUGAUCAAACUGGCACUCUCAGCUGCCAGCGGCCUCGCACAUCUGCACAUGGAGAUACUUGGAACGCAAGGAAAGCCAGGCAUCGCCCAUAGAGAUCUGAAGUCCAAGAACAUCCUCGUGAAGAAGAACUGCACCUGUGCUAUUGCUGACCUGGGACUGGCCGUCCGUCAUGACUCUGCCAAUGACACUAUUGACAUCGCCCCCAAUCAAAGGGUGGGCACCAAGAGGUACAUGGCUCCCGAGGUUCUGGAUGAGACUAUCAACAUGAGACACUUUGACUCGUUCAAAUGUGCCGACAUCUACGCCUUGGGGCUGGUCUACUGGGAGAUUGCCCGUCGCUGUAACAGUGGAGGGAUCCAUGAAGAGUACCAGCUGCCCUACUAUGACCUGGUACCUUCUGAUCCGUCCAUAGAGGAGAUGAGGAAAGUGGCGUGUGACCAAAAGCUACGACCCAACAUCCCAAAUUGGUGGCAGAGCUAUGAGGCUUUGCGGGUCAUGGGUAAGAUCAUGAGGGAGUGUUGGUAUGCGAAUGGAGCUGCCCGCCUGACAGCCUUGCGAGUGAAAAAGACGCUGUCCCAGCUCAGCAUUCAAGAGGACAUUAAAGUCUAAGUGGAGUCAGCAGAGCACUGGGGAGGAGCACUGAGCGGGGCCCGGCUCCAGAUUGUAGGACAGUGAGACGGAGGCUCCGGGCUUUCUCCGAAGAACGCACAAAGUAAGAGAACCUGAUGGAGAGUGGCACUUUGUAAAAUAUUUGUCCAUAGACACUCCUGCCAGUUUUGAAGCCACUUGAUUUCUGACAAACCCUACCUCGCUUACCCAGCCAAACUACCAAGAACACCUUUCCUGUCUUGUCCACAGCUACUGCUGCCCUACCUGAUCCUUUCUGUUCCUCUCUACACUCCAUACUAACAAGGAUCCUUGAGUUUCCUGUGUAAUUAAUUGUAUGCAAUCAAUAGCAGGACAUGUAAUUAACCAGUCAACAUUGUAAAAAUAAGUUGCUGAUCCAUUAUGCUUGAUAGUCGACGAUCAAAAUUCACUUUUAUUGUCCUCGGAAGGGGACAGGCUUGGAGGGUUAGGGGUGUUUUAACUUAUUUUUUACCUAUUCUGUGAUUUAAGUGAUUAGAUCUAAUAUAUAUGGGUGUUUGUGAGGCAACUGUGGCCGGGGCUACAGCCCACAGGCACAUGACAAGCGGCUUAUAAAUCAUUAGAGAAUAAUCCAUCUGGUUCUGCUGCAGUGUUGUCGUUUAGUUCAGUGCAGAUUACCAUGUCAUCAUGUGCAGUUGAGACAGUUUGUGUAAGUUGACUUUCAGCAAGGUGUUCCAAGCGUUCACUGGAGCAUUACGGCCGGGCUGCACUGGACACGUGUAGAUCACAGAAUGUCUCACUUUUCAUCUCGAUGCCCAUGUUAUCAGGUUAGAGUGGUCAUACUGCCUGUGUGAGCCACGCAUCUCAGGUGCAUUUCACACAUGUGGAGCCCUCUCCUGUAGAGAGGCGGGAUCCCGGUAUCCCGGCUAUUUUCACCACACGAUUCCCAGCUAAAUAGACAGCGGAAAUUAUCUUUCACCAGUUUUAAUUUCUAUAUCUUUCAAAUGUGUUGCUAGCGUACAUUUUUUGCAACAGAUCCUUUACCAAAGUAAAGAACCGAAUCCUUUCAUCUGUUUUCACAAGAUUGCUGUGAAAUAUUUCAGGAGCAGAAGAUGCACGGUUUCACACCGUAGAGUCCUAGUAUUAAGUUGAGUACAUAGGCUACUUUUGUUCAAGGAAAUACAGAAGUCAUACCAGAUAAUUCAUGUAGCAGCUCAGCAAGCAAUCACACUUGCAAGACGCAGCAGAUCAGCGUGACGGUGCACAUGUACCCAGUGCGGCCCGGGCAGAAGGGCACCUUGCAAAGCAUGAAUUAGCCUGUCCCAUAAACUGUUGUAAUCCUCAGGUUGUCUUCAUCAAUCAAAGAUUUUUUCAGUUUAAAAAUAGCUUAAGAAACAUACCCAUGUAGGGUUUGUUAAAUAAUAAUGCAUUUUUCUAGGAUGGAGGAUUUGACUUGUUGAGUGACAGCUGCCGGUCAUCUGAUACUGUAGGUUUCAUGUCACCCGCUGGCUUCAGAUCUGGACACUACUAAUGCAAAACACUACAUGCAGCAUGUUGCACAGUGGUAUAUGUAGUCUGUUUAUAUGAUGGUGUCCUAUUCUGAAUGCAGCUGCUGUCUCUCUCUCAGUGAACCCACAGAGCGUAACCUGCCAUGAGUGUGUACACUGGUUCCAGUCCCUCAGAUAAGCUGGUAUACACAGAUGAACCUUUGCAGCUGCCAAUACUAUUUACACUGUACAUUAAAUGCGAGGUGGUAUUGCAUUGUUUUUAUUCACUUUUAACACUAACUCCAGGAAUCUGAGUAGUCGUUUUGUUUGUUUUAUUUCAUAUUGUCAAAGCAUGACCAGUGUUCUUUUGCCCUCGGGCUCAUUUACCCUGGCCAAGUAUAACUACUGCACAUUAACUAGCUUUUUCAGGUGAUACUUGUGUAUAUAUAUAUUUGAUUGAUACUUAAGGCAUGUUUUAGAUGGUUUAAUCUCUUAUACCAGCUUUUUGGUUGGUGGGAAGAAAAUCAAAGACCUCUGUUUCAAAAAGAAUCACGUAACAGUCUACUUUCUGACCUCUGAAGUAACAUUACUGUAUGAUUGUCAAACACUGCUUUUGUUGACCUUUUAUUUUGUCGCUCUCUGAUAAAGGAGAGGAAUAUUUGAUUUUUGAAUCCCCGCUCCCCCCGCGGUUCCUUAUUGUUCACCAUGCAUUACUUACCCAAUGUGCGAACUGUAUGUGAUCCGUUUCCUUUGUGUUAAAGUUGUCAGAAAUCCAUCUACAGUUUUUUUUCAGGAAAGAGAUGCACUUUUGUCUUCUAGUUGUAUGCAAAUGCAACAGGUACUGUUUGUGUGAAUAGUCUGUCCCAUGUUAUUUGUGUGUGUAGGCUGUGAGUCCCUCAAUGAAAACCUGAAAGGCCACGAUGUGCACUACUACUGACCUCACAGCAUUAAAACCAAAUUAUUCUCAGAAUCAUCUCUGCUCUCGGACUUCAUUGUUGAUUUAAGAUCGCGCCACUGAAAACGAGAAUGUUUACACAAACCACGGCAGUCGGUUGCAGUACACUUGAGAAGUGAGAAUCAGACUUUUCUUUGGAAUCUCUGGGAGAAGAAACUAAAUACUACUAAAAUGAGUCAACACUGUCUCCAAUGUGUUUGACCAGUACUUAAUCAUUUAGAUCUCCUCGCUCACCUUUACUGUAUUGUUAAAGUCUUAGGGGAUGUGAGCAAGAGACAGACUGCACUCGAUGCUGUUGUUUUUGGCUGGACACACUGGGAAGCUCUGCAGUUUAUGUGGUUGAAUGUCAUCCAUAAACACUAAAGAGGUAUGUUUUUCAAAUUGUAUUUGCCUUACAAUGUUAAAAAAAAUUAACUGCAUAGUGUAUUUAAAGGUUUUACCACCUUGCUCCAGUAGUGGGAUGUUGGGAAGAAAUUGGGUAUUAAACCACAAAUUGUGUUAACUUCCAGGUCUCUGUCCAGUUAUAGCAAAGAGACAAUUGUAUCCAUGUACAAACCCCUUCAGGACUUCAAUCAUGUAUCUUCUAAUAUAGAGUAAUAAAUACAUUGGUUUUCCUAUGUUGUGUGUUUUUCUCUUUUAUUUAAUCUCUCGCAUCAUCUACUUUGCAGCUAUAAUAAAUAUUUUACGUUAGUAUUGGUUCACACUUAUAGUUAAAGAAAAUGUUUUCUUGUAGUGAUGAUUAACUAUCACAACUCUGCAGCUCCUCUAAACUCUGAGGAGCAUUUCAACUAAGUGAUUUGCUGGUGAACAUCAUGGAGCGUUUAGCAUCUCGGUGACCAACAUUUCCUUCAGGAGUUGGACAUGAAGGAAGCCAGAAGCAGGAAUGUCAAUGAAUGCUUAUGUCGCUCCAUGUCUAGUGGAUGCGAUGUGGUCAACCAUUUGUUAAUAACUCUGCAUUUCAUCUUUUAAAGCUGUUAAUAAAUGUAUUUCAAUGCACUUAUGUUUGAUAUUCAGCACAAGAUAUACCCAAAAUUUACAAUUUACAACAAACUCCAAAGAACCUUUAUUGCUCUUCCUUUAAAUUAUAAUCUCAAUGCAGAUUAGUACAAAACAAUGUGCAUUUACAUACAGUUGAACACAUUAUAUUUCAUGUAUACCAAAACAAAGUGUGUCAUUGGCCUAUUAUCAUUUGAAACUGUAAAGGAAAUGCUGGUAUUUAGUGAUUUUGAUCAAAUUAUUCCUUACCUAGAUAAUGAACUGAAAACAGCUGAAUAAACCUAACAUCAGAAGCUCUGAGAUCAACAUUAACACUCCACAAACUUAUGAAUCAGAAAAGGAACAAACCAGAAACUUAAUUUGACCACUAGUCUUAAUUGAUGGACAACAUUUUCAAAAACUUUAAGUUUAAUAAUGCCAAACCCCAAAUAGUAGGGACCAAAACCUGCAGGGGAAAAAACUUCUCUCUAAAGUAAAAUGUACAAUCCAUGUACAUUUAGUUAUGUGACAACAGAUAAAAAGGCAAAACAUAGAACCAAUAAAUAUUCAGCGGUUGUACACAGAAUAACGUCAGUCUUUAUAAUCGAUGUUGCUCUAAACUUCACCAACGAGGCUAACUUCUGAGUCUAAAGUGCUGUUUCCAGGUUUGCUCUUUGCUGUCUGAAAACACAACAGAUUAAAAAAGCCAAACCCUUGGAUUCUUCUCACACUGGUAACUGUGUGACAUUCAUUUUGUGUGGACAUAAAUGCAUUUCAAUUGAUUUAAGUUUAAAUUCAUCCAGAGCGAGUUGUGGGGAAACAUCCUGAUGCUGAAAUCUGUCAAAAUCUACUCUUGUUUAAAAUGUGUAAAAUCAUAAAGGAAAUUAUUUGGACUAUUUACAGACACUGAUAAUCUCCAUGUUGUUCCUGGUGUUUAAAUAACAAAUUACUUUAAAUAAAUGUUCAAUCCUCUUGAAAAGGUAAUAUGUGGAAAGUAUGUGGCUGAACACAUACAGAUACUGUAAAUACUUUUGUAACACGACAUCAAUAGGUUUUUGCAAAUUGGAAGAAGGUGGUUGUUCAAGUUAAAAUAAGAAGGCUGACAGCUUACUCCUCCAUCUGUUUUUAAAUAAUUAAACUAAGAGGAUACAGAUAACCUAGAUCAUAACAUCAUAGUUCUUAAACAUACAAAGAACAAACAAAUGUUUUAGUGUGUGGUUUUGCCUCAGAACAACGAAAGUUACAGUGUUGAAAAUGACCAUUCGAUUGGUUCUGUAUCGGCAUCUGAAUUUCAGCAACAUCAUUAUAGUAAUUGAA